AUGUCAACAAAAAUAAUCUCGUUUGAGGUCGUGCAUGGCCGCAACGACCCAGAAAUCAUAGAAGAGUGCCAUCGCAUCCGCAAAGAGGUCUUCCACAUCGAGCAGAAAUUUCCACUUGAUACGGAAUUCGACGAAGUAGAGCAUGUCGCAAUGCAUUUCCUGGUGCGCGUAACGGAAGAAGAUUCCACGACCGGCGAGCGCGUCACCAAAGGUGUUGGCACGAUUCGUGGGACAGCCCCGGACGUGUAUCCCGCCAUAAAUCGCUACAAGCUCAGCCGCUUGGCUGUGGAAGCAGACUACCGCCAGCAUAAACUGGGCCGUCUUCUCGUCAACAGUCUUCACAACUGGGUGCUCUUAGACGCCGCCGCGACAAACCGGCCAGCAGAGGUCGAGUGCCAUGCGCAGAUCCCUGUCAUCCCGUUCUAUGAAAAAUUUGGCUUUGUCCCUGAGGGCGAGCGUUUUGACGAGGAUGGCGCCCCACACCAGAACAUGGUCGCGCGCCUCAAGUUUCCGGUCCCCGUCCAGCAUAUGGUUGCUAAAGUUGGAACUGGGUUACUCGACGCGAAUGCCAACGCCAAUGGGUCGGAUUAG